UGGUUAAGAAAUGGGCCACAUUGUAAGGCCCAAAACUCCAAUUCGUUCUUUCCAGGUCUCUCCGUCUUGCUUCUCUAAUGUACAUUUUCUCUUCCGUCCUCUCCAGACAAAAAAUCUCAGCUUGGUGGAUUGCCUUGCUGCUCAGUUCCGGUGAGUUCCUCCGGCAACCCUGAAUCGCCUUUCUCUCUAUUUUCCAUAUUCCCCCCGCUUACGGAUCAAUUUGAUGUUGGAAAAUCUGUCACUGCUAAAAGUGCUUUCUUCCUCCUAGAAAGCUGAAUUGCCUUGCGGGGGACGCGGCGGCGGCUAUUGCUUUUGUGAUGUGGGGGGGGAGGGGGAGGAUUUUCUCAUUCCUUAGGACUUGACUGUGUUAAUGCUCAGUGUUGAACUUCGAUUCUUCUGUACAAGGAGUCGAUUUAGAACUGAUUCCGCUCCUUUUUUGUUGUAUCGUUGUGUAGACCUGCAAGUCCCCAAUUCUUCUCCCGGUGGUUUCUGGGUAUCUUCAGAGGGUUUUGUGUGGCUGCUGAACUCGAACCACAAUGGGGAUCAUUGAGAGGAUUAAAGAAAUCGAGGCCGAGAUGGCUCGUACCCAGAAGAAUAAAGCCACAGAGUACCAUCUUGGUCAGCUCAAGGCGAAAAUAGCAAAGCUUAGGACACAGCUGUUGGAGCCUCCGAAAGGUUCUAGUGGAGGUGGUGAUGGUUUUGAAGUUACAAAAUUUGGUCAUGGACGAGUUGCACUUAUCGGGUUUCCAAGUGUGGGGAAGUCGACUCUUUUAACUAUGUUGACGGGGACCCAUUCGGAAGCUGCAUCAUACGAGUUUACAACACUUACCUGUAUUCCUGGCAUCAUACACUACAAUGACACAAAGAUUCAGCUGCUUGAUCUUCCUGGAAUCAUUGAAGGUGCUUCCGAAGGAAAAGGACGUGGAAGACAAGUUAUUGCUGUUGCAAAGUCUUCGGACAUAGUUUUGAUGGUUCUUGAUGCUUCCAAAAGCGAGGGUCAUCGUCAGAUAUUGACAAAGGAACUGGAAGCCGUGGGAUUGCGUUUAAACAAGAGACCCCCUCAAAUUUAUUUCAAGAAGAAAAAAACUGGCGGAAUCUCUUUCAACAGUACUAUGCCUUUGACUCAUGUUGAUGAAAAGCUCUGUUACCAGAUUCUACAUGAGUACAAGAUUCACAAUGCAGAGAUCCUAUUUCGUGAGGAUGCCACAGUGGAUGAUUUUAUAGAUGUGAUCGAGGGUAAUCGUAAAUACAUGAAGUGUGUAUAUGUCUACAACAAGAUAGAUGUUAUUGGUAUUGAUGACGUCGACAAUCUAGCUCGACAGCCCAAUUCUGUUGUCAUCAGCUGCAAUUUGAGGCUCAAUUUUGACAGACUGCUUGCAAAGAUGUGGGAGGAAAUGGGGCUUGUGAGAGUCUACACAAAACCACAAGGCCAACAACCCGAUUUUGGUGAUCCCGUGGUUCUGUCAGUAGACAGAGGAGGUUGCUCAGUCGAGGACUUCUGUAACCACAUCCACAGAAGUUUAGUCAAGGAUGUGAAAUACGUGCUGGUAUGGGGCAUCAGUGCACGACAUUACCCGCAGCACUGUGGUCUUGCUCACGCUCUUCAAGAUGAGGAUGUUGUCCAAGUUGUCAAGAAAAAGGAAGGGAAUGAAGGAGCGAGAGGCCGGUUUAAGUCGCAUUCCGAUGCUCCUGCUCGGAUAUCCGACAGACAAAAGAAGGCGCCUUUGAAGCAAUGAACAUUGAUCGAGAGACUGGUUGGCAUCGAAUUAGGACCUGAGGUAGUUGGCAGCACUGUUCUUGUUAUAUGUUUGUAUCAAAAUCAUGCCGAGGAGCCCGUCUUGAAUGAAUGCUUUGCUCAUGUUUUCACUGCUGCAUGAAUCAAGAGGACAUAGAUUUGAAAUUUUGUCACCAAUGGUGGGUGCUUGAGAUGAAUACCUGUUAUAAAGUUGGAAGGAGGCACGAUCUAUUAUAGAGUUCUGUUGGGUUGUUGUAGUUGUUUUGUUUUACCUUGUCCUAUUUUGGUCAUGUUCCCUCUGUAUGAGCGGUGUAUCUAGCAUCUAGUACAACGCUUCAGAGUGCUACCUGUUUUAGAAGGCAAAAGCAACUAUCUUGACCCUAACAGUUAGAUCUCAAGCAUCAUAUUCAGAACCGAUGGAUGGUAUGAAUGAUGAACUAGU